AUGGUUUCACUUUACGUGAUACAACCACCAUGGCAUCGAGACCCUGAGAAAGACUGGAGCGAAGCGAAGAGAGCUACCGACCAGACCGACAAGCCUGAAGGUCGUCUGUGA